AGCAAGUGCGUUCUGUUAAAUCCACCUUUGCUGGGGGCGGCUUAUUAACAAUACUAGUUGCCGUAAUACUUUCCCCGCCGAUUCCGUUACACCCGCUGUCGCGGCACUUAUUGCUUUGAUCCUUGACAGUUUGAUAACAGCUUCGACCUGGAAUCCUGGAUGUUUAUAUCAUAAUGCUCUGUGUCUUCUUCUAAAAAACGUUCACUUCAGCGACUUAAUCUAUUAGUUUAUUAGCGUGUAUGCGGCUGGCUUAUGUCUGCCACAGAACCCUCGGAUUCCCCGGCUCCUAGUGGACAAGGGGAGAUCUCAAAUUCUCACGAUGAGGGGCACCGACUAGAGCAACAGGUGACAUCGGCGAAUUUCGAGCCAGCUGGAGAAUCGCAGGAUGGGCCACUCACCAAUCCGAAGGAUACCGAGGAUUUGAAGCAACCCAAUAUGGACGCAGAUAUACAGGAUAACCCGCAGGGUGCAGUUACAGAGUCCCCACCUUUAGUAACUACACCUGUUUUCGACCCGCCGAGCACAACACCUACCCAACAAGAGUCGCUUCCGGACCGGAUGAAGGGAUUGUCAAUAUCUACAAACGCCUUAGAUCGCUCACCGUCGCCGAACACCGAUCGGCCCCCUCCCCCACCGGAGAAAGACGAAGCAUAUCUUAACCAGAAACCUCAGUCUGCGCCCACUUCCCAAUUGUCAACAAAAACAUCCUCCGAAUGGACUGAAAAGGAACUACCGGAAGUACCUGAGCGGGGGAAAAAGGCUGAUAAUGGCGGGGCUGGUCGAGAUGAUGUCUCCCAACCGGAGAUUCAAAGCAUCAUGGAGCAAUUCCAGGAUACUGCGCAUGGCGAUAGUGAGGAGCAGAUAAUGUCACCUCGACUGGAAUUAGCUGAGCAAUUCUUUGGUGGACAAGGUCACUUUCCUCCUCGGCAAUCCAGCCUCGAUCAAACAAAGGCAGUAUGUGAGGGCGCUCAGGCUUCAAACGUCAAAAUAGGAGCUUCAUCCACUUCUCCCGAGAAACAACCUGCCUCGAGCUCUACAAGCGUGCACAGAAGAUCUCUUGUAGAAGAGCCGGCGCUAACUCGGCGCUCGUCCACAUCGACUUUACCUCCCCCACCAGAGCCAGAGCCUGAUCAACCUUUCGAUUUCCAUCGGUUCCUGGAACAACUGCGACAUCGUACUGCUGAUCCGGUGGCCAAGUUCCUACGGUCGUUCCUCCAUGAGUUUGGGAAACGACAGUGGAUGGUCCAUGAGCAAGUUAAGAUCAUCAGCGAUUUUCUAGCUUUCAUCACUAACAAGAUGGCCAUGUGUGAAGUUUGGCGUGACGUCUCGGACGGCGAGUUUGACAAUGCCAAAGAAGGAAUGGAAAAGCUCGUCAUGAACAGACUCUAUUCGCAAACUUUUUCCCCGGCCAUUCCCUCCCCGCCCACCAUUCCAAGAAGCACAAGUCGGAGCAAACGAAGAGAAAUGGAGAGACUCCAUGGUCCUUGGAGACGCGGUCAGCACCAGGAAGAUAUUGAGCGGGAUGAGGUGCUGGCCCAGAAGAUCCGUAUCUACAGUUGGGUAAGAGAGGCGCAUCUUGACAUACCACCAGUGGGUUCUCAUGGUCGUCGCUUCUUAACUCUCGCCCAACAAGAACUCUCGAAAAUUAACAGCUACCGGGCACCCCGUGAUAAGGUUAUCUGUAUCUUGAACUGCUGCAAGGUCAUCUUUGGUCUCCUGAAGAAUUCGAAAUCAUCUGAUACUUCAGCCGACUCAUUUGUACCCCUUCUGAUUUAUGUGGUGCUACAUGCCAAUCCCGAGCAUUUGGUCUCUAACAUUCAAUAUAUCCUUCGCUUCCGCAACCAAGACAAGCUCGGAGGAGAGGCUGGAUACUACUUGUCCUCCCUGUCUGGCGCCAUCCAGUUCAUUGAGACCCUGGACAGAACGAGCUUGACAGUGAGUGACGAAGACUUCGAGCGAAAUGUUGAAGCUGCCGUCUCAGCCAUCGCCCAACAAAAUCGCGAGUCGGAGUCGCUAGAGCCGAAGUCUUCCCAACGAUCACAGUCUACACCAAGGUCGUCGGUGGAUGUCCCACGGGGCCGGAGAGAGGCGACACAAUCCAACGAUGAAGACAACGCUCCAGUAGCCGGGCUCCUGCGUACUAUCCAGAAGCCGUUAUCUACCAUUGGAAGAAUUUUCUCCGACGAGCCAGAUUCGCCAGAGGACCGACGGACACAGCCAGCGACGACCUCACCGGUUAGCCAUUCGCCACGACUCAAUCCAAAUGUUUACCAGCCACCUCGUAACAGUGGCGAGGAGCGGCGAUCAAGCGAGCGGUCCCGCAAUGCAUCACAGCCACGGCGGGCUAGGACCCAUAGUGCACAAGAUGCUGCUGUUCGACAGGCUAGUGCGGAGGACGCCGAAGCACGGAGGAUACAACGUGUUGAGCACAACAAUAUGGUGGAGACGUUAUCGAACAUGUUCCCAAAUCUAGACCGCGACGUCAUUGAUGAUGUUGUCAAGAUGAAGGAGGGGAGGGUUGGUCUAGCAGUAGACGCAUGUCUUGCUCUUAGUGCUGAGUGAACUCCGCGGGUCUGUUUUAUAGUAGCAUAAUUCCUAGAUUGGUCCAACGUAUGGACUUCGCGCUUUCCCUUUAUGAUGCCUAUGUGGUAGUAGCAAUUCAUGUACUUCUUGCGUGCCCUGAAUAUGGCACUUCCUUGUAUUAACUGAUAAUCACAACUGCUAUAGAAAGCGGUGCUUCAAUAAUAAUUAUCAUGAAGAUUGUUGUCUUAGUCAAUGAAUGCCAAAUAUAGUACCCUACAUACUUCAA